AGCUGUGGGAUCUUCACCGUCUGCGGGUCGGCGGCGUCGCUGCGUGCGAACUUUCACUCGCGCCGCGAACAUUUUGUGUGUCUCGGCAAAGAUCAAAAUUUAUAGAAACUCUUUCCCCGACUGAAGGCUGAACACGAUGGCGAGGAGCGUGUGGCUCGUGGGCCUGCUGUGUGCACUUCUGACGUUUUCCGCGGUGAGUGCGGACGACUCGACGGUGGACGGUGACGCCACGGUGGAGCAGGACCUGGGCAAGAGCCGCGAGGGCUCGCGGACGGACGACGAAGUUGUGCAGAGGGAAGAGGAGGCGAUCACACUGGAUGGGCUGAACGCGGCACAGAUCAAGGAGUUGCGGGAGAAAGCGGAGAAACACGUGUUCCAGGCGGAGGUGAACCGCAUGAUGAAGCUCAUCAUCAACUCCCUCUACAAGAACAAGGAGAUCUUCCUCCGAGAGCUGAUCUCAAACGCUUCCGAUGCCCUGGACAAAAUCCGCCUGAUGUCGCUGACUGACGAGAAGGCUCUGGAUGCCACCGAUGAGCUCACUAUCAAGAUCAAGGCCGACAAGGAGAAGAACCUGUUGCACAUCACGGACACGGGCGUGGGCAUGACGUACGAGGAGCUGGUCAAGAACCUGGGCACCAUCGCCAAGUCGGGCACGAGCGAGUUCCUGAGCCGGGCGCAGGAGCUGGCGACCGAGGGCCAGUCGACCUCGGAGCUCAUCGGCCAGUUCGGCGUGGGCUUCUACUCGGCCUUCCUGGUGGCCGACCGCAUCGUGGUGACGUCCAAGCACAACAACGACACGCAGCACAUCUGGGAGUCUGACUCGUCCGAGUUCACGGUGACGGAGGACCCGCGAGGGAACACGCUGGCGCGCGGCACCACCAUCACGUUGGUGCUCAAGGAAGAAGCUGCAGAUUACCUUGAGUUGGAGACCAUCAAGAACCUGGUGAAGAAGUACUCUCAGUUCAUCAACUUCCCCAUCUACGUGUGGAGCAGCAAGACCGAGAGCGUUGAAGAACCCAUUGAGGAGGAGGAGGAAGAGGCCAAGGAGGAGAAGGCGGACGACUCGGAAGACGAUGUGGAGGUGGAAGAGGAAGACGAGAAGAAACCCAAGACAAAGAAGGUUGAGAAGACCAUCUGGGACUGGGAGCUGAUGAAUGACAUCAAACCCAUCUGGCAGCGAGUGACCAAGGAAGUGGAGGACGAUGAGUACAAGGCCUUCUACAAGUCCUUCUCCAAGGACUCUGACGAGCCCUUGGCCUGGAUCCACUUCACGGCCGAGGGCGAGGUGACCUUCAGGUCUAUCCUCUUUGUGCCGACCAGCGCUCCCCGCGGCAUGUUCGAUGAGUACGGCACCAAGAAGACCGACUUCAUCAAGAUGUACGUCCGGAGAGUGUUCAUCACGGACGACUUCCACGACAUGAUGCCCAAGUACCUGAACUUCGUCAAGGGAGUGGUGGAUUCUGACGACCUGCCCCUGAACGUGUCGCGAGAGACGCUGCAGCAGCACAAGCUGCUCAAGGUCAUCAAGAAGAAGCUGGUGCGCAAGACGCUGGACAUGAUCAAGAAGAUCGCGGACGAGUCGUACGAAGAGAAGUUCUGGAAGGAGUUUGGCACCAACAUCAAGCUGGGUGUGAUCGAGGACCACUCGAACCGUACGCGCCUCGCCAAGCUGCUGCGUUUCCAGUCGUCGUUCGGCACGGACAAGCUGACGAGCCUGGAGGAGUACGUGGAGCGCAUGAAGGAGAAGCAAGACAAGAUCUACUUCAUUGCCGGCGCCAACCGCAAGGAGGUGGAGUCGUCACCGUUCGUGGAGCGGCUGCUCAAGAAGGGCUACGAGGUGCUGUUUCUCACCGAGGCUGUGGACGAGUACUGCAUACAGGCGCUGCCCGAGUUUGACGGGAAGCGCUUCCAGAACGUGGCCAAGGAGGGCCUGAAGCUGGACGACAGCGAGAAGGCCAAGGAGAAGCUGGAGACCCUGGAGAAGGAGUACGAGCCCCUCGUCAAGUGGCUCAAGGACAACGCCCUCAAGGACAAGAUUGAGAAGGCGACGGUGUCACAGCGUCUGCUCGGCUCUCCCUGCGCGCUCGUCGCCAGCCAGUACGGCUGGUCGGGCAACAUGGAGCGCAUCAUGAAGGCGCAGGCUUACCAGACGGGCAAGGACGCCGCUUCCAACUUCUACGGGAGCCAGAAGAAAACCUUUGAGAUCAACCCACGACACCCGCUCAUCAAGGAGAUGCUGACCCGUGUACAGGCGAGCGAGGAGGACGCAACGGCCAAGGACCUGGCGCUUGUGCUGUUUGAGACGGCGACGCUGCGCUCCGGCUACCUCCUGCAGGACACGCGUUCCUUCAGCGACCGCAUUGAGCGCAUGCUGCGCGUCAGCCUCAACAUCGACCUCGAGGCCAAGGUUGAUGAGGAGCCGGAGGACGUGGCUGAGGAGGCGAGUGAGGACCAGGAUGCCGACGAUGACGAUGCUGCUGAUGAUGAUGAAGAGGUGGUGGAUGUUGACGUUGGGAGCCAAGACAAGAAGGCUGCUGAUGAGGAUGCCACAGAUUCGGAAAAAGCAGAAGCUGAAAAAGAUGAACUCUGAGCCCCACACUGGCACCACGGGGGGGGAGGGUGGAGGUCGAUUGGGGGGGAUCAGUGGAGGUGGGGCUGAGGGGAUGGAUUUUGAAACCCUUCUUGCUUCCACCUGAAUUGUCUGGUUGUACAGAAUAGGUGUGGGCCUUGAACGGUCUGGGUUCGACACGUCUGCUGUGUGUGUGUAUAUUAUUUGGGGUGUCCUCAUGCCAUUCCCUGUCGCAAGAAAUUGUUUUGACUUUUUAAUAAAAUGUCAUUCACUGUC